AACCUUGGUCCCUCAGCCACUACUUAAUGGAUUAAAUCUGCAGCCUUCAAUUAAUCCAGAUUCUGACAUUCUGAAGAUCAAACUUGAGCAUCAUCAGUCACCAUGAGUGGAGCUGUUCAGGUCUUUAUAUCCUGUUUGGUCGCUGUCAUGCUCUGCCAGGCAAAACCCUUCAAGCAGUCCAGUUUCUUUGACUUUGUUGGAGAGGAACAAGGAUCUGCAGUUGAACCAACUCCUGAGCUUCCUAUCAUCUAUCCAUACAAAUGUCCGCCCAGAUGUCGCUGUCACAUGAGUGUGGUGCAGUGUUCGAAUUUAGGUCUCGCAAAGGUACCUGCGUAUAUUCCACCUGAGACUACUGUUCUGGAUAUUCAGAAUAACAAGAUUAGAGAACUAAAGGAAAAUGAUUUCAAAUAUCUGAAGGACCUUCAGAUUUUAAUUCUUGUGAACAACAGGCUGCAGAGGAUCCAUCCUAAGGCCUUUUCCUCACUUCGCAGUCUCAGACGGCUAUAUCUUUCCAAGAAUCUAAUCAGUAGCGUUCCAGAGAACAUGCCAAAGAGCCUUCUUGAACUCCACAUAUGUGACAACAAAAUAAAUUAUGUGAAAAAGAGACCCUUUGAUGGAAUGUCCAACAUGUUCGCCCUCGAACUGAGUAGAAAUCCACUGAUGCCGAAAGGAAUUGCAAAAGGAGCCUUUCAAGGAUUGAAAACUUUGUCUUAUCUCCGGAUUACUGAGACAGGGCUUUCUGAAAUCCCAAAAGAUCUGCCAAGUUCAAUAUCUGAGAUGCAUCUUGACCGCAAUAAAAUUCUCAAAGUGGAAGUGGAUGACUUCACGAACCUCAACACUUUGGUCAGGUUGAGACUGAGUUCCAACAAAAUCAGAUAUUUUGCAAAUACAACUCUCAGUCACAUGCCAAACCUCCAGGAUCUCCACUUGGACAACAAUAGAUUGUUUGCCAUUCCUCCAGGCCUGUCACAGCACAAAAACAUCAUGGCCCUUUAUCUCAAUGACAACCAGAUAGCUCAUAUAAAAGGCGGUGACUUUUGUCCCAAGGUGGAUGAUCCAAUGAAGAGCCCAUACAGUAGGAUAAGCCUGUAUGGAAAUCCUAUUCCAUAUUGGGAAAUUGAGCCUGGAGUCUUCCGCUGUGCUUUGGACUGGAUGUUUAUCCAACUCGAUCGACCCAACUAAAGCUUUGUUCUGAAUAUAAUGCAAUUGACUGAAACUUGUGCCAGACACUAAACUCCAGGCCUCUUACUACCAUUUGUACAGUUGACUUCCUUAAACAAAUUGCUGAAUAGUGAAUAUGAAAAUUUUUAAAAACCGCAUUUCU